AUGACACCAGAAAGGCCGAUCCCUUAUCAAGACGAUUUCAAAUCCGCAGACGAAUACGUCGAUUCUCUCCUAGAAUUUUCUGCCGCGUCCACAAUUUUUCAGACGCUAUGUGGCGGCGUACAUAUUCUCGACUUCUUCACCCAAACACCAAGUUUAUAUCAUAAAGUCGUGCCCCAGGAAUGGCGAUCAUGGCUUCUGAGACGGGAAUCUAUGGAAUUGCUGGAUUUCUUGAUGCGUGAUGAUUUGAAGACGCCAAGAGAGGAUAGCCCGCCUGAAAGUUUGGUGAAAUAUAUCAAGGAUAUCAGAAAGCAUUCUUUACAGCGUAAUCUUCCGGUUGGAAAAGAAAAAGAUACAAGGCUUCCGAGACAGGUCUCUGUUGGUAUGAUACCCAAAAAGAUCCAUGAGGUGAGUAGGUUCGCGGAUUAUGCUGUCAAGGUCGCCGAUGAUGCAUCAAUUACCUCGGGUAAGAAAAUCACGCAUUUUGUUGAUUUCGGAAGUGGUCAGAAUUAUCUUGGGCGAACGCUGGCGUGUCCUCCGUAUAACAAGCAUAUUGUGGCCGUGGAAAGCAAGGAGCUUAAUAUUAAUGGCGCUAAGAGAAUGGACGUCUUUGCUGGUGUUGGGGAGAGAGAGAAAGUCAUGAGAAAUAAAAAGGUGUUCCGGCAGAUCCAGGAAAGUCAGAAGCCGGUAGAGACGAUGAAAGAUGCAGAGAAGCGAAGAGCUGCGAAUCCUCAGCAGCUGGAUCGUGAGGGAGUGGAUUUAAGGCCAAUUAAAGAUCUGGCAACGAUAUAUACACCUGCUGAAGGGAAGGGUUAUAUGCAAUACGUCGAGCAUAGAGUGGAAGACGGAGAUCUUUCAGAUGUUGUCAAGCAAAUCGAAAAACUCAAAAUAGAAGCUCCAUCAGGGAAUCUUCAACUAACAAAUGCCACCGGGAAUCCAGACCUACCAAAAGUCUUAGAGGAAAUCAGCAAAGAAGAAGAAAUCCGUCUCAUGGCAAUCUCAAUCCACUCCUGCGGAAAUCUCUCCCACCACGGAAUCCGCUCUCUAAUCCUCAACCCCUCCGUCCAAGCCAUUGCGAUAGUAGGCUGUUGCUACAACCUCCUAACCUCCCGUCUCGGCCCCUCAACACUCAAACACCCACACAUCCGUCGAAACCUCAAACCCAUCAACGCGCCUAACCACAACAAAGACCUCGCGGAAAACGACCCCCACGGCUUCCCCAUGAGCCAAAGACUCACGUACUACAAUGGCGAUGGCGUACGACUCAACAUCACAGCGCGGAUGAUGGGCGUGCAAGCCCCGCAGAAUUGGACUGCGAAGGAGAGUGAGAGUUUCUUCACAAGACAUUUUUAUAGAGCGAUGCUGCAGAAAAUGUUCCUCGACUACGGCGUCGUGCGAAAAUUACCAGCUGAUGAGAACGGGCCUGAAAGCACCGAACCCGUCAUCAUCGGCUCCCUACGAAAAAGCUGUUACGUCUCUUUCCCCAGUUACGUGCGCGGCGCCAUCGAUAAACUCAAAGUCGAUCCGGAGCGCGCGCUGGAUCUAGAUGGUAAGAUGGGCGGGAUCAGCGAUGCCGAGUUUGAUGAGUACUGUAAGCAUAACGAGGAGCUGAAGAAGGAGUUGAGUGUUACGUGGUCGUUGAUGGCGUUUAGUGCUGGGGUGGUGGAGAGUCUGAUUGUGGUUGAUCGGUGGUUGUAUUUGAGGGAGCAUGGGGAGGUGGUGCGGGAGUGUUGGGUCGAGCCGGUUUUUGAGUAUGGGUUGAGUCCGAGGAAUUUGGUUGUUGUUGGGGUGAAGAGGUGA